CGCAGGCGCAGCUGGCCGGGAGUCCCGCCAACAGUCCUGGCGCCUGCGGUCGCGCCCGAGCCGCUGCCACCACUGCCACCGCUCACCAUGGACCCGGGUCCCCGGCUGCUGCUACCUCUCAUGCUCUGCAUGGGGCUCGGCGCGCUCGUGUCUUCUUCGGGGGCCUCGGGAGUUCGCAAGCGAGGCCCCUCGGUGACAGCCAAGGUCUUCUUUGAUGUGAGGAUUGGAGACAAAGAUGUUGGCAGAAUUGUGAUUGGCCUCUUUGGAAAAGUUGUGCCCAAGACUGUGGAAAAUUUUAUUGCUCUGGCAACAGGAGAGAAAGGAUAUGGAUAUAAAGGAAGCAAAUUUCAUCGUGUCAUCAAAGAUUUCAUGAUUCAAGGAGGAGACUUCACCAGUGGAGAUGGCACUGGCGGUAUAAGCAUUUACGGUGAGACAUUUCCAGAUGAGAACUUCAAACUGAAGCAUUACGGCAUUGGGUGGGUCAGCAUGGCCAAUGCUGGGCCUGACACCAACGGCUCUCAGUUCUUUAUCACCUUGACCAAGCCCACCUGGUUGGAUGGCAAACAUGUGGUAUUUGGAAAAGUCAUCGAUGGAAUGACAGUGGUCCACUCCAUAGAACUGCAGCCAACUGACGGGCACGACCGUCCGCUCACCGACUGCUCCAUCGUCAACAGUGGCAAGAUAGACGUGAAGACGCCCUUCGUGGUUGAGGUUGCUGACUGGUGAUACAACUGGCAGAAAACAAGAAACACACUCUGGCAGGGAUGUGUGUGUGUGUGUGUGUCUUUUCAUUCUUCAAAGUUACUGUUUGGCUUUGUUUUUUCACUUUCUUCUGUUUUCCACCCCAGAUCAUAGGAAAGUAUACCUGUGCUUACCUACCUAUAAAAUCAUCCACUCAAAGUUUAGUUUGCAUGACUUUUGGUAAAUCACUUAUUUAAGGAUUUUGCACUUAAAAGACAUAUCCUCUUCCUCCAAUGGUGCUGUUUUUAAACUAGAAAACUUUGUACUGGCUAUCUUCUUUUGAAGAAUACAAUCAUUAUUUUGCUGAAUUAAUUGUGAUGCCCAAGUUGAGUGAUGCUAAAGAAUUCUCUGAAAAAAAUGGGGACAUGAAGUUUAUUUUGUAUUCAAACAGAAUUCUUUUUGGGUAAGGGGAGAUUUGAUUAGUAUAAUUUGAUAUAUGUCAUAGGGACUUUUACCUGAUAAAAGGCGCUUUGGUCUUCUUUAUAAUAAAUACUUUUUAUAUAGAUCAA